GUGUGUGUGUAUGCGCAUACGUCCGUGCGUGCGCGCGUGUGUGCCACACACACUUGCAUUCGCUCACAACAUGGCGAUGAAACGCGGAGAGACACGACGGCUCUCUCCCAACUAAAUGCGACCCUGUUCUGAGUGAAAGCAGGGGACUAUGUCAAAGGGAUAUACCUGAACUAGUAGCCAACUAAUAGCCUACUUCAGAGAGGGGAUUAUUGCGGAUUGCAUUAUAUAUAUACAUUGCUAGCGGUAUAGCUGGCUGUAGAGACCCACACACUGCUUCACCCCUCUGCUGGAAAUCAAUGCUUUACAUGGCGGUGGAGACUAUCUGGGUUUUCUAUUUACUUUCGUUGGGCUUCUGUGGACCAUCCGCUCAAGAGAAGCCUGUGACGGUGGAGCUGAGCUGUGGGGCAGGGCCUGUCCUCGUGGUGCUGGAGCCGGGACAGCCCCUGCUGCUGGACUGUCACCUGGGGGCCACGCCCCUGGACACGCCCCUCAACGUCACCUGGCUGCAGAAUGGGCUCCCCGUACUGGAGGGGGAGGGGGACUCCCUCAGGACCCUGGCCAACGGCUCACUGCUGGUGCUGCCCACCUCUGUGGAUGGCCGGACGCCUCAAGGGGUGGAGGGGGGCUACAGCUGUGUGAGCGCCGGCCCUUUUGGAGCUCUGACCAGCCGCACCAUCACCGUUCACCUGGCCACGCUGUCUCGUUUCCAUCAGGACCCAGAGGCCCAGGUGGUGCCGGUGGGGGGUGCUUCCCGCUUUGAGUGCCAGAUAGACGGAGUGCCCACGCCAAGGAUAACCUGGGAGAAGGACCAGGAACCCAUCCCCAGCCAGCUUAGGUUCAUCUCUCUCCCUAACGGUGUGCUCCAGAUCUUGGGGGCGGUUAAGGAGGACGGGGGUGCGUACCGCUGUGUGGCCUCCAACUCGGCCCGGAAACGCUUCAGCCAAGAUGCCAUCCUCACUGUCACUACGGGUCCUGGCCCUGCCCAAAAUGAGGUACUGAUCGUGGCACCUCCCCAGAAUGCCACGGUGGUGCAGGGGCUUCCAGCAGUGAUGGAAUGCAUGGCCCAGGGGGGGCAGCCCAAACCCCUGGUGUCCUGGAGCAGACAGGACGGGAAGCCCAUCGCCACCGACGUGGUUGUCCUGGAAACUAACCUGGUGAUCCCCAACACACAGCGUUACCAUGCGGGGGUCUACGUCUGCCGUGCCAACAAACCCAAGACCCGCGAGUUUGUCAUAGCUGCAGCUGAACUGCACGUGCCAGCCCCACCAGUAAUCCUCCAGCCCCCAGAGACGGUGUCUCUCUCUCGGGGAAACACAGCCAGGUUUGUGUGUAACAGCUCUGGGGAGCCUCCCCCGGUGCUGCACUGGCUGAAGAAUGGCAAGCCGGUCAAGUCUAACGGGCGGGUGAAGACCCAGAGCCCUGGGGUGCUGCUCAUCAACCAGCUGGGCCUGGACGACACAGGGUACUACCAGUGCAUCGCUGACAACGCUCUGGGGACGGCCUGUGCCACAGCCAAGCUGUCUGUCAUUGUGAGAGAGGGUCUACCCAGCCCACCACACCAGCUCUCUGCCACGCCCCAAUCAAGCACCACCGCCCUCCUCACAUGGGAACGGCCCGAACACAACAGUGACCAGAUUAUAGGCUUCUCUGUGCACUACCAGCCCACUUCAGGCUCUGAUCACAUGGAAUACCAGUUUGCUGUGAACAACGACACCACAGAGUACCAUGUGAAGGAGCUACUGCCACACACAGCCUAUACCUUCUACGUGGUGGCCUACUCCCCCAUGGGAGCUAGUCGCCCGUCACGUCCCGUCACCGUGGAGAUGCUGGAGGACGUACCCAGUGCCCCUCCACAGCUGUCCCUGCUCAGCACCUCCCCUACAGACAUCAGAGUGAUGUGGCUGCCCCUGUCCUCCCAGCACAGCAGAGGAGCUGUCACCCGCUACCGCAUCGACUACUCCACACUGGAACAGGUGGACAACGUGUUUUCUGUGGAGGUGGGGGGGAAUGAGACUCAGCUUACCUUGCGGGAGCUGCAGCCUAACCAGGCCUAUCGGCUGCGGAUGGCGGCUGGAACGGGAGCAGGCUUUGGUGUGCCGUCAGAGUGGAACCAGCACCACACCCCAGCCCACUUUAACCACAGCAUGGUGAUCUUUGCUCCCACAGAGCUGAAGGUUAGGGCCAAAAUGAACUCCCUCCAUGUCACAUGGCAGCCCCCGCCCAAUCACACGCAGAUCUCCGGCUACAAGCUCUUUUGCAGGGAGGUGGUUGGUGACGACCUGACCAAUGGGGAGGCUCAUCCUGAGAGGGAGCGGGUGAGGAGGAUGGAGGCCCACACCAUCAAGCUCCGCAAGAGGGUCAAACAUCAUGAGGUCUCUAGUCUGGUCCCUGACAGACUAUAUGAAGUGAAGGUGUGGGCCUUCAAUAAGCAGACGGAUGGCUAUGCUGCAGGAUGGAAGGGCAGGACGGAGAAGGCACAUGGCAAAGCGCCCCCUAAGGGGAACCCCCCUCCCCUGCCCCCCAGCAGCAUCAAGGCUACAGCCAACAGCUCCACAUCCAUCUGGCUGCGCUGGGAGAAACCUCGCUUCAGCAACGUCCGCAUCAUCAACUACACCGUACGCUGCAGCCCGGUUGGCAUCAGAAACGCAUCGCUUGUGUCCUACUACACCAGCUCUGCUCAGGAGAUCCUCUUGGGGGCGCUAAAACCCUACACCCGCUAUGAGCUGGCUGUGCAGUCCAAUGGAGGAGACGUGGUUGGUCCCUUCAGUGGCACCGUGGAGGAGUCCACUCUCACUGACAUACCCUCCACCCCCCCAGCGGAGCUACAACUCAGUGCCUUGGACUCCUCCUCUGUGUUGGUGAACUGGCGCCCGCCUGUGGAGCCCAAUGGCAUCAUCAUCAGCUACAGGAUCCUAUACACCAUCAACCUCAGCCAGCCUGAGCACCUGUGGAACAACCUCUCCCAAGAUGGGACCAUCAUGAGUGCUGAGGUAGCAGGGCUGUCUAGUGGGACACAAUACUUCUUUAAGAUGAGGGCAUCCACUGAGGUGGGGGUGGGGCCUUACUCCCCAGUGAAGGAUGUGCACACUCCUCCCAGGAAAUAUGAGCUGGACAUCCAUGCAGUGACUGGCAUCAUAGUUGGUGUGUGUCUGGGGCUGCUCAGCAUGCUCCUUUGUAUGUGUGUCAGCUUCCGCAACGGCAAGGCCAGAGAGGUGUCUGGAGGGCUGGACUCCACUGCUCUGCCCCCACAGUACCAUCAUGGGUGUCGGUCUGUGCCCACCAUGGUGCCAGAAUGCAGUGAUUGCCAUGAGCUAGAGACCCUGAUGCCCCUGGGCAGCCUGGACCAUGAACAUGACUGCGCCCAACCCCUCACAGAGCCCACUGAGGAGCACAGCCUCAUGGGUAAUGUAGGAAUAGGGGACGAAGCCCUAGGUGCUGAGCUCAUGGCUGCUUGGAAUGGGUCAGUUAGUCGUAACUGGGCCAACCGGAUCACCAAAUACAGGGAUACCAUCACAGAGGACUCUCUAACGCUCAACAAUGGAACUUUGGACAUGGCCACCACAGAGAAUGGCAAGGGCAACCCCGAGGACCAACUGGACUCCUCCCUGUGCAGUAGUAACCAGGUGGAGGCAGAGGUCAUAGUUCACUCUGAGCUGAACGACCUGGAGAAGGAGCAGCAGGAGGCACAGAGUGACACGGAGGAGGACUCUCAGGCCACCAGGGGGCCUUCACUGUCCGAGGCAGCUUACUCCCCAGUCAGACAGCCUGCCCAGGCCCCUUUACACCCAAAGGGGACACAACAUCCAGGGGAGCCAGUGAGACAGCCUGCCCAGGCACCACAACACCCAGGGGAGCCAGUCAGUCAGGCUGCCCAGGCACCACAACGUCUAUCACCAGGGGAGGAGUCCCUACAGACACAACCCCUGCCCAAGGUCCCAUCCGGCCCUGUCCUGGAGCCAGUGUCCAAUCACAAUGGGCAGCCAGAAGGCAUUGUUGGGGGCAUGGUGGUCGUGGCAGCGCAGCUGACUGUAGAUGUGGGGCGGCACCCGGAAAUGGGGCUCACCAACGGCUUCCACUCCACCAAGCCCCUGCGGCCAGGGCAGGAGACCCUGGGGAACGGGGACUCCAGACACUGCCCCCCUCCCCCGGCCCCCUCUCCUUUCGUCAGCGCCGGCCUUGUCCACUCUAACUCAGCAGUGCACAGCUACCUGUGCCCUUAGCAAGAGGAACAAACCCCCACACAAAGACCAACUGGACUUCUUUCUUUUUCUCAUUCAUGAUGAAUCAAAUGUUUUGUUUUUUAAAGCACCUCAGUAUCUGAUUUUCUUCUUCCUGGCUCAGUUUUAUAGGUACUUUGAAUCCAUUGUUUUAUAUGUGUAUAUAUACAGUAUAUAUUUUUUAGUGCUAGUAUGUAUGGGUAUUCAUUUUGUUGCAUAGCAGCAGUAUGUUAGUCUGGCCUUAAUCUGUACUUUGCUACAGGCUCCUAUUACAGACGUACGAUGACGGAAGAAUAAUGUAGAAAGGAGGAUAUUCCUUUUUUCAUAAGCCUUGACCUGUUGGACUCUUGAGAUUGAGUGUGGGCGUGUGGUACUUCAAGACCUACCUUUGGUCAGCUGAUGGUGGUGGAGAGGCUCUUGCUUCAGCACCAUGGAUGAAGAUAGAGCAGAACCGUGACCAUGUGGCCCUUUCACUCUCACUCUGGCUCCUUUCAAAUGACUGAGCUGUUCCUAUUGGCUGUUCCACUGUAUGGAUGCUGCCUGCCCCAGCACCAGGAAAGAAGCCUUAUAUUUAGACACAGAGUGCAGACCUCUCUCUCUCUCUCUCUCUCUCCAACCUCCUGCUGUCUCAGGAUCCACACACACAUUCCCUGAAUGGAGCUUGGGGGUCUCAGGUGCUUAAUAUUUUAGGAGCAUUUUUAACCUCUGUAUAUUUAUAUAGAUGAUUAUAUUCAAUAAAAAUAGGACAAAUAUGUUGAAAAGGGAAAAUAAAUGAGGCAAUUGAAGAUAAUUUGAAGGAACCGUAUACAGUACAUGUAGUUGACAUAGGUGGCAUUAUUUUUGGGGGGGGGAUUAGAUGAGAUGUGUAGGUGUAUGACAAAAUAACACAUCUUAUAGCAGCGGUCUCCUGGUUUUGCUCCCAGUCAACAGCACUACCUCAUUUCUUUACAGGAUGGUUUGUUGGUGAUUUUAAUAGUGUCAUGCAGAUAGGUGCAUCUUUUAGAAUCUGUUUUUUAACUGUUUGAAUUCAUAGCCUUCAAUACUUUCAGGAAUAAUUUCCUGUCCCCUUCUUUCUGUAUACAUCGAUGCGUAUUCCCUACAGGAAAUGACACGUAUGGUACAUAACGGCCUGUCUCAGAUCUGUUUAUUGCCCUUUUCCCCUUUAUCAGUUGUUCCAUUAGAUUUGGGUUUCCAACUGUCGUCACAUCUACUUUGGACCGGAAAAGAUAAACAUUUUUAAUUUACCAAUUACCUCAAAUCACUUUUCAACUUAGGUAAAUAAUGCAGCAUUUUAGUUACCAGGCCUAAUAUCUGGUAGCUUGUUACUAGACCUACUACAUAUGAACAAGGCUCCGUCAGGAGGCCUCACCCUUUGUGAUGCCAUCUCACUCAUCCUUUCUCAGCUGUGUCUAAGCUCCUCCCUCUGCAGGUGAGGGGGAUGGAAAUAUCAUAGAGAAAUAGACCUAGAAACCACUUCUAUUUUCAGCCAUAUUUCCUGUCUUUCUUUGUACUUUUGACUCUCGCCAGCCUGAGGUUUUUCACAAUAUCACAUGUAAAGUCUACACCCCUUUGAACUUUUUUCAAUUUUUUUUGCGUUACAAAGUGGAAUUAAAAUGGAUUUAAUUGACAUUUUUAUAUACUCUGUAAUUUUAAAGUGGAAGAUAAAAAAUUGUUUUUAAUUAAGAUUCAUGAAGAAAAAAAAACUAUAACUUGUUAGGUAAGUAUUCACCCUCCUGAGUCAAUACAUGUUAGAAUUACCUCAGUCUUCUUGGGUAAUCUCAUAAAAGCUUUGCACAUCUGGAUUGCACAAUAUUUUCCCAUUAUUCUUUAAACAAUUCUUCAAGCUCUGUCAAGGUGUUGGGGAUAAUGGCUAGACAGCAAUGUUCAAGUCUUGCCCAACAAAUUCACACAGAUUUAAGUCAAAACUGUAACUUGGUUCUCAGGAACAUGCACUGUCUUCUUGGUAAGCAACACCAGUGUAGAUUUGGCUUUGUGUUUUAGGUUAUUGUCCUGCUCAAAGGUGAAUUCCUCUCCAGGUGUCUGGUGUAAAGCAGACUGAAGCAGGGUUUCCUCUAAGAAUUUUCCAGUGCUUAGCCCCGUCUUUUCUUUUCAUCCUGAAAACUCCCCCGUCUUUGCCGAUGUCAAACAUACCCAUACCAUGAUGCAGCCACCACCAUGCUGGAAAAUAAGAAGGCAGUAACUCUGAUGUGUUGUGUUGGAUUUGCCCAAAACAUAAUGCUUUGCAUUUAGGCCAAAAGGUGUAUUCAUUUGCUGUUUUUUUGUUGUUGCAAUAUUACUUUAGUGCCUUGUUGCAUACAUAUGCAUGUUUUGGAAUAUUUGUAAUCUGUAUAUUUUGUAUUCUCUUUUAACUCUGUCAUUUAGGUCAUUAUUGUCGAGUCACUACAAUCUUGUUGAUCCAUCCUCCGUUUUCUCCCAUUACAGCCAUUGAAUUGUGUAACUGUUUUAAAAUCACCAUGGUGACAUCCCUAAGCAGUUUCCAUCCUGUCCUGCAGCUCAGUUCAGAAGGACGACUGCAUCUUUGAUGUGUCUAAGUGGUUUAAUACAUCACCCACAGCGUUAUUAUUAGCUUGACCAUGCUUAAAGAGAUAUUCAAUGUCUGAUUUGUUAUUGUUACCCAUCUACCAAUCACUGCCCUUCUUUGAGGCUUUCCAAAAGCAUACCUGGUCUUGUAGUUGAAUCUGUGCUUAAAAUUCAAUAGUUGACUGAGGGACCUUACAGAUGUUGUAUGUAUGGUGGACAGAGGAAGGGUUAGUCGUUCAAAAAUCAGUUCAAUCGCUAUUAUUUCACACAGAUUCCAUGUAACGUAUGUGAUUUCUUCAGCCAACUGUUACUUCUGAACUACUUUAGGCUUGCCUAAACAAAGGGGUGAAUACUUGUGCAAGAGCUACAUUUCAGUCAUUUCAGUUUUAUUCAUUUGUAAACAUGUGUAGAAUGUUCUUUAAACUUUCACCUUAUGGAGUAUUUUGUGUAGAUCAGUGACAAAGAAUAUACAAUUAAAUCGACUUCAAUCCCACUUUGUAACGCAACAAAAUAUGAAGAAAAGUAAGAGGCGAUGUAGACAUUACAUUGGCACUGUACAUUUUACCCUCGUGUUUUCAUUUCUUUCUUUAUAGCAUUUUUAAACAAGCAUCUUUAUUUUAUUUAGCAUAAUGCAUGCUUACAUUUCUUAUACUUACUUUGUGUACCCUAACAAAAUAUGUAUUCAAAAUUGUCUCUCCACACAAGGACAAGAAUAUCUCGUCAUACUUUGUCUAAAUUAGAGGAUGCCCAUAUCAAAGACUAUACAGGUAUAAUGGGCCUGUUGUAAACGUGGCCUAAGCCAUUGAGUCUUAUGGUCUGUCAGAUGAAUGAGGACUCAGUUAGUCCAGAUAGGUGCUAGAACUCAGAGGCAUAUAAAAGAGUCUCAUAACUAAAGCAUUCCAGUUUUAUACUUUGAACAGACCUCACUCAGGAUCAGGCAUGCUCAAACUUUAUCGAAGCAAAAUAAUGUCCAUUUUGUGUUAUCUUACAACCCAUACAUUCUCAGUGUCGCACGCUACAUGCUCCUGUUCUGCCUUUUUUUUCUCUCAAGACAAAUCCUUCUGGUCUAAGAGAUCAGCACUUUGCUCCUCUACAGCAUGUUCAUCAGGAAAACGUUCUCAGUCCGUCUAUGAUCUAUACAAUUAGUCCAGUCAUUAUCGAUACAAAAGUCCUUUCGGAUAUGGAUCGUUGUGCUCUGACUAACUCACUCAGGUUUAUUUAGUCAGUUAGAUUUGAAUGAAAGGUGUCCACCCAAUGCAUGAUUUAAUAGGACUGUAUACAGUAUAACUACCAAUAUCUAUUUGAGACUGAGUGAAGCUGUGGGAAGGUGACUGUUCACAGUUCAUUUGAAUCUCACCGGCGUACAGUAUGUAUUGUAUCUUUUGUAACAUUACAGAAGUUGUUACAUGUUCUUUACUCACAUUUCUACUGAAGCGUCUGUUUUUAACAUGCAUUGUUACAUUGUAGUGUCAAUGUCAGCUCUGUUUCAAACUCUUACUGGAGGGGCACCUAUUGCAGCGGCUUUGUGUGGUCUGUUGAAAACAGAGCCAACGUUGAAGACAUAACAACGCCUCCGGCGUGAAGAAUGUCUCACUGAAGAGGUCCAGUUGGUUCUUUUUACUGUUUCCUUCUAACCACAUAUCUUGCAGUACAUAGUGUUCCUUACUGUAAGCGUCAUUUGCCCAGAGUAAGCCGAUGCGAUGCUCAAUGUAGUAAUAUCUUGCUCUAAUCUGAUCAAAUAUGCACAUUAGUUCAAUAACGGGAUCCUCUCUUUUUUUUUUUAUCGAUAUUUUAUCACAGGAAUACCUCAUUUUUGUUGGUUACUUGUUAAUUUAAUGAAGAUCAUUAUGAAUAAUGGACAUUAUGUUUAUACGAAUCCUUUUGUGGGAGCCAAGCUGGCAGAAGAUGACGUAAUACAGCAGGCUGCUUGUCUUAUCUCAGCUGGAAAUAUCACUUGUUGCACUGGAUUUAUUUUCGACUCUAAGAAUAAACCCUUGAGUGGUGAGUGGGUGCAGGGCAGGGGUUGGGCAGGGGGUGUGAGGAGAGGCAUGAAGGCAGGGAGCUAAGGGGAGGAGGGUGAAGUUAGGGAAAGUAGUGAAGGGAAACCCGUGUGAUAUCAGUGCCAAGAAGAGUGGAGUUGUGGAGCGGUGAUUGACUGUUGAAGAGGAACGUCUACCUUUCUGUAGAAUACUGGUCUUUACUGUUCUCUACUCAGGUGGCCUGUCUUUGCAUAAAACUGUAGAGGACUUGCCAGCAUGUACAGUAUACCCGACUCUGAAGCAUGUCAUUAGUUGUCAAACAAAGCUUCACCACUUGUAAUCCUGAAAAACACUAAACAAAUGCUGAUACACAGAUUCGGAUAGAAGUUUCUGCUAAAUGGCAUAUUUUAUUUAGCUUUUAGUUUUUGUAUUAAAAAAAAUGAAUCAAUGUA